AUGCUUAAGUUCGCGCAUUACCUUGUCACGUGACCGAAAACAAUGUUAUGGAAGAUGGGGCUUUAAAAAUAUAUAUGGGGAAAUAAAUGCUCGAUAACAAAAAUUGCGAAAUGAGUUGAGUAAAGACACCCAGGCAGUUUUGUUACACCAUAUCAAGACAGGAUGGUAGCCCGGAAAAGCCAGAGGGUAAAGAAGUCGACAGUAGUAUAUCAGUCACCCGAACAGGUUCCUAGGGCUUCUAGAAAUGUUACGCCCAAGACAGUACCACCCCGACGCUCUUCCAACCGGGACAUUGAGUUGCAGAUGGAAUGUGUGGACGAUGAACUCUCCCCUGCACAGCUUAAGGCAAUUAAAGAAGCACAGAAAGAACAUGAAAAGGCAAACGAUCUGAUCAAGGAAGUCAGGGCAGGCAAUAUACUAGUUCCUUCUUCUCAGCCUAAUACAUUCACAAUCGUACCGCCGAAACCACCACCGCCGCCGCCGCAGCCACCACAACCUCCGGCUCAACACGUGCAGCCAUUGGCAGCAAAAGUUCAAUCACCCCCACAGGAUACAGGCUCACAGAGAGGCCUGCCACCUCCAAGACCGGCCCAGUUUCUUAGUAAGCAACUAAAGGAGAUGAACAAAGCACCAGGUCCCAGGUCAUCUCCUGAUGUCAUCUUGAUCUCUGAUACGCCAGCAAUGUCUGCCACUUCAAAGACGAUGCCAGCAACUAUGCACGUGUCGCAGGUGAGCGGGAACCAGCUUCAGAUGCAGCAGGUGACAACUUUACUGACGUCUCAAGGUCCGGGAGCCACGCCGCAACAAGUGUACAAGUUUGUUAGUCUUCCGUCCAACAUGCCAGCUAACGUCGUACAAAACCAGUGGGCACUUAGGCCUCUUCUGACUGUUUCGCCUCAGCAGCAGUCACAGAUGACAUUUCUUACACCCACUGUCACACCGCGUAGUGGCUCUCAGCUUGUAGGAUCUGUGCCGCAAGGUCAAGGUCAGAUGCCGGCUCCUAGGCCAACAGGGAAGAAGUUGGAUAAAGUAGGCGGAGCUUAUUUGACAGAUGGGAGGGGUGUAAGUCAGGGCAGCACUGUGAUACAGGAAACAUACCUCAAGAAAUAUGGAACGAGUCGGAUUAAAAGUAGACAUUGCUCACUAAGUGCUAAACAUCAGCACAGAUACGGAAUUAGAUUAAAGAACAUAUGGAAGAUGUAUUGUGUCUGUUCAAAAAUGUAUACAUGUAAGGUCUGGUUACACUGUUUGAGAGUGUCAGAGUUGUUUGAUAACGUUAAGGCAAAACAGGCUUAUAAUAAAUCUCAGGUGGAACUAGACGUUUGGACCUCAAUGUAUAAAUGGUGGUUCAAAAGCAUUAGAUGGAAAAUUAAAGCAAUAGUCAGUAAAUCCAAGAAGUCUCCACAUGAAAUUGGACAUAGUGACAGUAAUGACCUGGUGAAAGGUGCUGAUGAAACAAGUGAUCUAAGUCUCAACUGUGAUAAGGUAGAACAUCCUAACAGAGAACAUAGUGGAACUGUUCAUGUGUUUAGUGAUUUUAACAAAGAAAACAAAAAUCCAGAUGAAGAGAAUAAUGCUCAUUUUGCCUGUGAUAAAUCUGAAAGUGUUUACUCAGAUAGACAAAACUGUUUUUGUGACGGAAAUCUUACAAUAGACAUGUGCCAACUGUUGGAUGAGAAGACAGGUAACUUUAGUGAACCUGAUUUCGAUCAUGCUAAACAAAUUAAAAGUUCAAACGAAGAUCUCAGAGUGGUGUCAAGAAAUGAGUUUGAAGCUGGUAUGUCUUACCAAGAUGAUUUGGAAGAACUCAGUAGCUUUCAAAAUGUUUCUUGUUGUGGGGGAUGGAAGUGCGAAUACCAGUCUGCAUUUGUUGCAUAUUUGGGACAGCAGUCUUCAGAAAAUCCAAAGUCUGCAAAUGAUGAAGGCAGUAGAAGGGUUGAAGACGUGUUGGAAUGUACACACCAUUCUGAAGUUGCUCAGAAACCAGUCUGUGAAUUGAAUGAUAGUGCCUUCCAGGAUAAAUUUCUUGAUUUUUUGACUUUGUGUAAAGCUAGUCAGGGUUCUGAUGAUAAUCUGCAAAAUGUCAGAAAUCCACUUGGGGAAUUAAAUCACUUUAAUAAGUCAGUGACUGAUGUAGUUCCCUGGAGAGAGAUUAAAACGAAGAUGGCUCCUUGCUGUGAAGAAGAUAAAACUAACUUGAUGAAUUGGGGAAGUGCCAAAAACUAUCAUAAAAGUGCCAAAAUAUCAAAAAAGGAUAAAGAAAAUGUAAAGUGUUUCACUAAACGGAAAUGUAAAGGUUUCAAAAAACACAAAGCAGCAGGGAAAAAGAAACAAAGCUCAUUAAACAUUCUUUAUGAAACUUUGAUUGGGGAAUACAUUCCUAGAAAUUUUGGAAUUGUUAACAUGGUUUAUGAAAGUGCUAGACAUAUGGCAUGUGAUAGUGAUAAUUCCACUAUGAGAACUGCAGAUGAAUGUUCUUCAGUUGCUGAAAGUCAACUAAGUGAUAUUACUAAUCUUUCAAGUGGAAAUGCGAAGGAAGAUGAAAUUGAAGUAGAAAAAGUCACCAGUAUGAACUCUGGUUUAAAUGGAGUAGUGGAAAAUAGCACUGCUGAACUACAAGUGCAGAGGUGUGUAAACCAAAUGAUUGAAACUGUUGUUUCUAAAGAAAACAGUUGUGAACAUUCUGAGUUAAGUUAUGAUCUGGAUACAACUGAGUUAAAGGAGAAUCAGGGAAGAGUGAAAGUGUUUGAAACCAGUAAGUCACAAGAAGAGAAUUGCAAUACUUGUAAUUCAAAUGAAAGACAUUUUUCAGAGUCAACUGAGAUAAAUAAGACAGAACUUUGUGUCAGAAAAGAAUGUUUAGGUGAUAAAGUGCCAGAUGAAAAUAUAGUUCGAGAUGAACAUUGCAAUAAAAGCUUUGAAAAAGAUGAUUUUUGGUCAGAUUGCAGUGGAGAAAUUUCCAGUGAAGAUGAAACAGAACUUUUAAAACAAGAAGAUGUAUUGCAUGUGAAACCAAUGGAAAUGAAGGAGAAAUGGUACAAGAAAAUGUCAAUGUUAGAUGCCAUGUAUGUUGUAGUACUUUGUAGUCACAUUGGUUUCACAAAAGUUUCAAGAGAUCUCCAAAUACCUAAAACAGAAUUACUGAAAUUAAGACGCUCUGUGAAGAAGUCCAAAUAUUACCAAAAAAAGGAUUUUGAAACUUCUUCCGAAACAGUAGGCGGUGUUCAGAAAGCGAGUAAACUAUCUGAUCCAUUUAAGUGCAAUCUAGUCAAAAGUUCAACUUGCCAACAUGAUAAUGACCACAAAGACUGUGAAGCGUCUGUUUUAAAGAAUUACCAUCCAGCUCUGUACAAGACUGCUCAAACAUUAUUGCAGAAUUUUGAUAAAACUGCAGAAAGUUAUAUAGAUAAGGGAUGCAUUGAAGAAUGCACUGAAAAGAAGGAAGCAAAAGACAUUGCUUCUGAAGAAUUACAACCAUGCCAAACACAAUCAAGUGUCACUCCCCUAGGAAACUUGGACUUAAAUUAUUCACCUUCUGUUAGUUCAGAUAGUUGUACUGUAGACAGUAGAUCAAAGUUAGUUAGUACUUGUGUUGAUAAUUUUAAUCAAGUUUCAGUUGUCAGGUCAUCAGUUGAAGUUUCAGAAAAUUCUGUGAUACCUAAUACUUGUAGAACUAACAUUGGGUAUGGAGUCCAUACCAUGUCAGAGUUAAGUGAUAAAGAAUUGCUCUCGAGUAAUGUUGAUAGUGAAAAGCAAGCAGGUAAAAGUGACCAACAAAAGCAUGUGUCUCAAUUUAAAGAUAAUUUGGAAACAAUACAAGCAUGUAAAUUUAAAGGAAUGACUAGUAGGACUACUGGAAAAAAGUCGACUGAGUAUGUAUGUGAAAGAAUGAACAGUUCUGGUAGCGAAACUGAUUCAAAUAUUGAUGAAGAUAAUUUGGUGAUAGAUUUUGAUACCAGUGAUUCUAAACAUCAUGAAGAAGAUAUGCAAGAUAUCGCUAAAAGAACAGAUGUGGAAAAUUUUACAAAAUUUGCAGGAACACAAUACAAAAACUGUGAUAACUAUUCAAAGGAUGAAAGAAACCAAAGUUUAAAAGAAACAGAUUUACUAAAACUUAGGGCGAGCAGUGGUCAAAGUGAACCAUCUUGUGGCCAAAACGAAGAGUUUUGUGAAGAGAAAAAAUCAGAAAACUGUAAAGAACUUAAAAGGGAAGGACCUGUGAAUGCAUUUUCGCUAACAAGUAAAGAUGUUGACCUAUCACUGAACAAAGAAGAUACCAUGCAUAAUCAUGAGUCUUGUGGAUUACAGAGUGAAGACAUAGAUAAAAACUUAGUUAAAAUUAACACUGACCACUGUUACGAAAAAACUGCAGAUGCAGAGAAAGAGAUCAGAGAUAAACAUGGAAUCAUUGACGAAGUUAUUAUAGAAAAUGAUAAUGACUGUGUAUUAGAAAAACAUGGUGCAUUACAUACACCAUUAAAUGAUAGCUUAACAUAUCCUCAAAAAACAUGGGAACAAAUUGAAGGGAGACAAGUCAAUGUCUUUAAACCUGUUUCAAAUGAAAGACUGGAUAAGAUUAUUAAACAUGCUUCAAAAUUAGGAUUACAAUCUGCUGCAGAAUGUUACAAUAUUCCGGAGGAGCACAUUCAGAUUUUCAUAUAUCAUGCCUUGUCUUGUUCAAAACAAAAUAAAGCAAACAACUGCCAAAGAUUGGAGUCAGGGAUUCCUGCUGAUUAUGUUUCAUCAAAUUUUGCCAAUGAAAUGCCAUCUAAGGUGUAUUCAGAGGUGAUUUCAGUUGAUGAGAACACUGUUGAUCAUUAUGGACAUCAUACAAAUACUGUUACUGAGCCUGCAAGACAAGACAUUUUAAAUAAAUUAAGAGAUAACAUACAGGGCAAAUCGGACACAAAUGAAUUUGAAGAAGCUGAAUUGAAAAUCGGUACCGAAAAAGAAUUAAACACAUUAACGCUUGGAACACCACUAGAAUUAAAGGAUGGAAAACAAGUUAUUAUUGUUAUGGGUAGCUGUGGAGAUCUUCAUCAGGAAAAAAACACAGUGCACAGAAGUGGUAGUGUUGUUUCUCCAGAACAAAAACAGAAAAGCCAUCAUAGUAGUACAUGUUCAGAUCAGAGUAAAAAAGUGCAAAAGAAACAGGACAUGAACAAAAGAACAGACACACAAGGUGACAACUCUGAGCACCCUGUCUUUACAAAAGACUUUUUACAAUAUUUUGCAGAAAAUGAUUUAUAUCAUGGAUUUAAUGAUGCUAAUGAUGAAGAAAUAACAGAGAAACACCUAAAAGCAUUACAGCAGAUUGACAUAGAGAGUAAUGUGAAAACCUUUGUAUGUGCUAAUGGUCGAGAAAGGCACUUCUAUGCUCCAGAACUACAAAGAAAAUUGUUGCUUCUUGCAAGCAAGAUUGGCUUAAAAACUAUUUCAAAUUAUUUUGAUCUGAAUUUCCAAACAUUGCGUAAGUGGAAAAAAUGCCUUAGAAAGGCUUUGGAAAAUUACUCAAAAGAUAAUGUUGACAAGAUUGAUAAGUCUGAUGGCCAUGCUGGAAAAAGCAAUAGUGUGGCGCAAAAGAAACGAGUAUUAUUAUCCAGGGAUUUGCGGAUUAAAAUUGUUCAUUUGUGUAAAAGUGUAGGCUCUUCAGAAGUAUGUAAGCAAUAUAAUUUAAACAGUAAAACAUUAAGGAACUGGGUCCGCAUUUUCAAAGAUGAAAAGCUUACAAAUUAUGAACUAACAAAUGAAGAGUUAGUACAGCUAGUAGACUAUGGAAUAUACAGGUCCACCAUUGCAAAUGGUGGCACAAGUAGAAGCACUAGUUCAGCCAGUUUAUCAAGUGUUGAAUCUCAUGAAGAAAAAAAAUUGUCAUUGAGAAUUGAGUCUGUAAUAGGAAGUAAUGAAAAUUCCACAGAUAGUGACAACUCAAAAAGGUUUGAGGUUGAGCAAGAAAUGCAAAAUGGUAAAAUAAUAAGGGCAGAUAAAAACAUCAAGGAAAAUCAUAGAGAAAUUAGCAAAAGCAAAACAGACCAGAGCCGUCUGGUGACAUACCCGAACAAUAUGGAGGUUAUACUUGACAUAGAGGAAGAUGUUGAUGAAUCUGACACUGGAAGUAUAAUAAACGAUCUUGAUGAAGAAUGUUGCAGUCCGCUUGAUGAAAGUCCUAUUCUAAGUGACAGUGAUUGUGACUCGGAAGCAGAUGAAAACGGGGAAAAUGCAAUGAUAGGUAAGAAAAAUAAUGAAGUUAUUCCUGUGGAGUGUAGAAAAGGGGAGUCAAUGGAGGAACAUUUCAUUGAUCAGAAUUUGUCUUUCAUUGAGGCAGUGAAUAAGGAACUGGUUUUAAGUGAGAGUGAAAACGAAGAUGUUGUUGAGAUUGUUUCAUGGAAUGUAAACAGUGAAAAUGAAGAUGUUUCCGAUGAAACAAAUAAGAACAUUCCCGAAGCAAUAGUGAAUUAUUCUGAAUGUAAUGUGGAGAAAGAUCAGGGUUUUAUUUCUCUUAAUCAAAACCACAAAGUGGAUAAUGAAAAACCAAAGGAUGAGGAGGAUAUACCACAAGGUGGAGUAAAAGUGAAUAUGGAGAAAGCUGCCGCAGGGAAUGAAAGCUAUGAGAAAACGGAUAAAAUGCAUCAGUUAGACACAAGUAAAUGUGAUAAGAAUGAUGUCUUCCCACAAGAUGCAGAUGAUGAUGUCAGUGAAAAAGGAGCUACAGGAAUAUCUUUAAAGGAGAAUAAGAAUAGAGAAAUACCAACUGUUUCAAAAGAAAAAAGAUUAGCGGAAAUACAGAGAAAUUCUUCUGUAGUAAAUAAAAUACAGCAUUCACAAUGUAGUUCAGAAAUUACAUACAGUGAGACAGCUUCUGAAAAGUCAACCGCUGCUUUAAACACUGAAAAUACAACUGAAGAUUAUACUUCUGUAUUAGAUAAAAACAUACUCUAUUCCAACGAAAGAAGCAAGCAGGUCAGUACUGUAAUGCCAACAGAAGAUAAUGUGCAUUUUGAUACAUGUGUGCGCGAUAGCUUGAGACAGAAUGGGAAUGAAUGCAUAGUCAGGAAUAAUUCAAUCAACAAAUCUCUAGAAAACAGUCAAAUAGUUGAAGUGGACGUCACUGAUGAAUCAUGCACAUUUGAUGGGAAGAACUCUAGUCUUAAAAAACCACAGUUACAAAUGUUCAGUCCAAUAGAUAUAAAAGAUGAACCAUAUGAUGAAGAAUUUGAUCGUAUUGAAAAAGGAAACAACUUUAAAAGACAAAACAGUGAUCUGAGUAAAAAGGAACAAAGGAUAGCAGAUGAAAAAAAUGAAAGUGGAAAAGGCAGAAAAAAUAAUUUGAUGACUGGAAUGGAAAGUAACGCUAUAACCAGUGAUAAUUUGAAUGGUAGCGGAAGCGAGAAUAGUGAAUCAAAGGACUGCAAAAUAAAUCAGCUUGGCACAGGUGAUGGUAGCAAUUCACAGGCUCAAGGAUCCACUUUUCAGUCCAGUUCAGGUAAUAACAGCUCAGGCUCUCAAGGGACAGCAGCACAGACCAACAUGUCGGGAAAUAUUCCAAAUAUUGAUCUGAAUAUUAACAGCUUGUCAACAGGGUCUACAAAUGUUCAGAUUGUUGGUACACAGGAUUUAAUUCCUGGACAAGAAUAUAUAAUUGUUGAUCCAAGAUUGUUUAGCUCAGGAUCAAAUACAUUCCAAAAUCUUAGACCACCUGCAUUACUGAGACCACAGGUUAGAAGUUCAGUUAAUCCUGUAAACUCUGUUAGGCCAAGAUUGCAUGUAAGAGGUUUAGUGAGCUCUGUACCGAACACGGCAGAUCCGAGACCUGUACAUAUUGUUGAAAAUAGAAGUGCAAAGAUAGGAACAUCAGGAAGUUCACUUCAGGGUGCUGUACCGAGACCUAGUUUAACCAUACUCGGUAAUCAGAGUCCUUCAAUCCUAGGCCAAGGUAAAAGAGUGAGUCCAGGAAACCAAACUGUAAGAAGUUUACUGACAGGAAUCCAGAGAACAUCUAGUAGCAGUGUGUCUAGGACAGUAGUUGUCAAUACCAGUCCUACAGUUUAUGUGCCAGAUAAUAGAAAUUUAAGCCCUGGUAGAAGUUCCUUAAAUACCUCACCAAUUUCAGGCAUGGUUAUACUUCAUGCAAGCAAAGCAAACAAAAGCCCAUCAGAUCAGCAUGAAACAAAGUCUAAAGAUGCAAUAACACAAAGCUAUAAUGAACUUUCAAACAGUGUCCUAAAAUCAGCAGAAGGUGUUCAGACUCCAGCUCACACUCCAGAGAUAGGAAAUGACAAAUCCUUUUCUUUCACAUUAAAAGGUGUAGGAUCUAUCUCAAAUGAGAAUCUGGCCAUACCUAGCACUUCAGGUGUGAACAAGAACAGUACUUCAACAGGUAAUAUUGAAGUACAGGAUGAGUCAGUGUGUGAGGAAGUUUGUCCGCGUGAACAAUUUUCUAAAUAUGUACCAAAUUCUAAAUUGCUUUUAGAAAAAGAACGUAAACUUUUACAGACUUUAUUACUACAGAAAUCUGGAACGAAUAAAGCAUCCUCCACAUUGGAUAGUUCUACAAAUUCAGUAUCAAAACCAGAUAAUAAACAUUGCCAGAUGCAAAGUUCCAACAGAAUAGAUUCACUUAUCCAGAAAAUGACAAAUCGGAUGCAAAAAGGGCCUGAUGAUUAUAAGAUGAAAUGGACUCUCUCUGCAAUUGGGACUAGUAAAUCUAAGAAGAAUGAAACUGAGACAGUUGCAAAACCAUGUUCAGCAUCAGAAAUUUUAUUUGGAGAGCAUUCAAGUCCAAAAAAGAAAGAAACACCUCCAGAUAAAGAGCUGAUCACAAAACCUCAUUCUGUAAAGUCCGCACUUUUCAGUGGGACAGAAAGAGUUGCCAGUCCUGGAAACAGCAGUAGUAUCACAAAGAAAGAUCUUAGAAAAUCCCCACUCGUUACAAGGGAAAUAGAUUCAACAGAAGAUGAAUCUAGUACUAGUAGUAAUACAAGUGAAAGUUCAACAUCAAAUGGUGCAGAGUCAAGUGUUGAAAACAAUGAACACACAGAUGGUAGGAUAGAGCAUGUUGAUUUAAGUGCAAAAUUGAAAUCUUUAUUGAGUGCAGAUAUUUUUAAUGUAAUUGAUGCAGAGAAGCAUGACAAAGAAGAGGAUGAUGACUUAAUUGAUAUUCUUGCAAAGCCUUCAGACAGCAUGCAUAAAACAAGUACAGUUAUGAAGCAUGAACUUAGUAGUACUGUUAGAAAAAACCCUGAUCGUAAAAGUCAAAACAGUGAUACUGAGGGGAAAAGUAGUUCACCUGCGAAAAAAGGCAACUAUAUAAAUUAUUCAUUGAAUAUCAAGAAGAAACUUGGAAAAUUGGCAUCAAUGUUUAGCAUAGUUAGUUUAAAUAAGAAGUAUGGUAUCAGUACACAUACAUUGUCCAAAUGGAAAGCAAACUACCAAGAUGAGGAAAUAGCUGGACUUGAGCUUACUGAAGAUGAAUUAAAGGAACUUGAAGAGGUAAAUAAAGUUAAGAAGAGCUUGUAUGGAUCAUCUGAACCCGAAUAUGACAUUUAUGUAGAUAAUCCAGAAGAAGAUGACCAAGACAAUGAGCCAGGGAAGAACAUAUCUCGAGAGGAAAACAUGCACAAGGAUAAAGUAGAGAAAAGAAGUGUACCACAAGCUGAACUAAAGCAGACAGAGACUGGGGUCAGUAAACUCUUUCCUAAUAAUAAACCCUCGUUCACAUCUAAAUCGAGCAAGCCAAAUUUUGGUAAGGUUGAAAAAGGUAGCAGAAGCUGUGUAAAGCCAGGCACACCUUUGUACAUAACUAUAGAUGAUGAUGCAUCAGAAGAAAUGAAACAGCAGUUAAGACGAAACUUAAAAACACAGAAAACUGCUGAGCAGACCUGGUCAAAUGGAGCCUUUUUAGAAACAUCAAAAAGUUGUCUUGCAAGUGUAUUUGGAACAGAUAGGAUUGAAUCUGAAAAGACUAAAGAGAGCACACAAUCUGCUGAUAAGUCUAAAACAGUUUCAGUUUCUGCAAGUGAUACUGAAAGUGCAUCAGAAAAAGAAAAUGAUGAAUUAGCAGGAAAAAGUCAGCAAAGGCAUGGCAAUUCACUUGAUGCGAAAACUUCAGAUUCUGACAAUGUAACUUGGGAAAAGACUGUGUAUUUAUGCCCAGAUGAAGGUGUCUUUAAGUAUAGAUAUGAGAAGAAGACCAAUCAAGAAUCCACAGAGGAUGAUAAGUCAGAGGACAAUCAGACUGUGUCUGUCUUAGAUAGUCUUUUUAAAAGUCCAGCUGUCCCUGACUUAACAACUGACACUGAGAAUAAUGAGUCUAAAAAGCAGUUUAAUACAUCAUCCAGUCCAGCUACAAUUGCCAAAAUGCUUAAAGACACACAAAGGCCGACCUCUGUAACUCGGUCUACAAAAAAUACAAUACAAGGUCCACUUCAAACACCCAAAGAUAAAGUAUGUGAAGAAGUGAAUCUAAGCACGGCGACUGAUGAAAUAUAUUCAGAAAACUUCAAAUGGACUGUGGUUAAAGAAGCAAGAAAAUCUGGCUUUGAAAAAACAGCCAGAUGGUAUAACAUAUCUAUGACAGAUAUAAUGAAGUGGCAUGAUAGGUUCCUUCAUGACAAAAAGUCUAAGGAAAUGAAUUUGCCUAAAAUCCAGUCUGUUAGUGCAUCAGAAUCCACUUCUGUCAUGGUUGAUCUGACCAUCGAUGAGGAUAUGCGCUCUAAAAGGGUAGAACCAGAAUUAACACAAACUCCUGGGAAAGGUAGACGAGGAAGUCUUAAUGCAAAUUUAUCAUUUGAAAGGAUACAGGUGAAAGAGGGAGCUAUUACAAAGCCAAGGUUCAACACUAAACUAGAUGUUCAUCAUGUAGUUUCCCCAGUUCCAUCUGCAGCUGCAAGUCCAAGUAAUAGACCACAAAGGACUAGAAUGGGACCAAACACAAUUAAAUAUGCAACACCAAGAGUAGACCCAGACCAGCUGCAGAAAUUUCAAGCAGAUGUACAAGGUGAUCUUGGAAUUAUGCCAAAACUUAUGAAAAAACAUAACUCAAAAGAUGGUGUGGAAAUAGCAAGCACUUGGAAACAGGUCCAGUCUGUUUUGAAACCUGUAAAACCUGCAGAAAAGAGAUAUAGUCAGGAGUUCAAGCAAAAAAUCAUAACAGAAUGUGAACAAAAAGGCCAGAAAACUGUUGCACAGGAACAUAGAAUUCCUUAUAAUGAGAUAUCAAGAUGGAGACUUGAAGCAAAGAAAGGUAAUGCAGCAGUUCUUCUACAAAGCAGUGCUUUUGCCAAAGCAGAUUUGUCCAAAAGAACUGACAGUUCAAAAACAACAGAAACUGUGCCCAUGGUUGGUUUGAAGAAAAGUGUUUCUGAGCCAAGUUCAGGUCAGUUGGCUCAGAAUGAAAUAAGACAAGGAAAUGAACAGGAGUCAUUGAAAAUCAAAAUUAAAUUAUCAUCAUUGUCUCACACCACGCCAGCAAACAGUAAAAAGAAGACUCUAGACCAAACAGCUGAUCUAGAAGUGUCUCCAAACAAAGAUAUAUCUAAGCCAACUGGCACUUCAAAAAAUUUGACAUCACAAACUGGGAAAAAAUCUAGUCCUAUGAAAAACCUGGCUUCUAGAGGAAAUAGAAAUGAAAGUGACAGAAAUGAUAAACAAACAGCUGGUAAUGAAAGAAAAGAUAAGAAACAAUCAACAACAAGUGAAAGAACGAAAAGUGCUGAAAGAUCAGAGCCUAUUUCAAUAGAUGAAGAUGCAGAUCUUAGAAUGGAGGUGAUAAAUUUUUGUUUUGAUCAAGGAGUUUUGAAAACACAGAAGAAGUAUAAUGUAACUAGACAAUCAAUUAUUGAUUUAAUGAAAGAAUAUGAUGAACUGAACAAAUAUGAAGUAGAUAACUAUAACAAAGCUCAUGGAUUUCAUUCCUUCAAAACUAAAUUAGUUAGUAGAGAAAAGACAAGUGUUGAAGUGACAAAUACUGCUUCACAACCCGUCAUUGUUAAAAAUCUUAAUGAUUACAUUGUUACCCAGGAAUACAUGAAAACUGUUGUUGAUUAUGCAUUGAAACAUGGAAUAACUGCUGCCUCAAGGAAGUACAAAAGAAAGACAAACACAGUUAGAAGCUGGAUGAACCAGUUUCAGAGAGAAGUGAAAAAGAAAAUUUCUGUUGAGCAGAUAGCAAAGGAACAAGAGUUGAUAGCUAAUAACAUGAGUCUUGAGGAUGCCAGAAAGAUAAGUAACCUUGAAGCGAGGAAGAAAAAACAGUUGCUAGAAGCUGAAUUUAAAAGACAUAUUGUUGAAUUUGCCAGACAGUUUGGGAUAACGGCUGCCUCAAGAAGAUUUAAGAAGAAAGCUGCAACAGUGAAAAGUUGGAUGGGUCAUUUUAUGAAAUCAGAAAGGGAUGCAAAAAGGCAAGAAGAAGCAGAAGCAAGAAAGAAACAAUCUGUUGACCAUGAAACAACAAAAAGUCCAAGGCAAUUACCAUUAUCCAGUUCACCUGAAAGGUUAUCCUUGCCCCAGGAUUCUUAUUCUCAGAAAUCUCCAUCUUCAAACAAGCAGAGGACACCACCACAUAGCCCUAUUUGGGAACAAGAUUUCAUAAUCAAACCAUCAUCAAGUAAAAGUCCUCUAAAACUUACAUUCUCUCCUAGACGAAAGUCCUCGCCAAUUGUGAUUGGGUCUAGCACAGAAGAAGAUACUGUUGAUGAAACCAAUGAUAUAGAGACAGAUGAUGAACAGGAAAAUGUUUCAGGAGAGUAUUUUGAAGUUGCUGCUUGGAAUUUGGAUAGUAGUGACAGCAAAAAUGAAGUUGCAGGAAACAAUUCAAAGAAGACAGAUGGAUCAGUAAUUAUUGUUGAUGACGAAAAGCAAAAUUCAUUGAAAAAUGUUGUUGACCUUCUGAGUGAUGAAGACAUUUCAGAAAGGAACAAUUCAGUAAAUGAAAAUUUCACAAACAAUUCACAACAUGGUCCAUAUACAAUUGUUGCAAGUAUUGAAAAAGGCUCAAUUGCAGAUGCAAGUAGUAUAAAUGCAAACUCAGAGAAGUCAAAAACAGACCAUUUAGCUGAAGAUGUACUGAUCAGUCCAAUGGAUGUGCCAAAUAUAUUUGAUAUUGAUGGCUCUCCAAGUGGUAAGGAAUGUAUGGCUGAUAGAGAAAUUACAGAGGAAAAUGAUGAAAGUGAAGGAAAUAAAGCAGUGAAAGAAAAGGAAGAUGUUCUAAUUAUAGAACAUACUGAAGAUGAGACAGCAAAUGCAAACAAAACACAUGUUGAGGAAGAAAUAAUGAAAAUGCCAUAUGAAGAAACUGUGAUGUUUAAGUUAUUAACAUACGAACUUGAUCAGUUUAUGAAGGAUGAUUCUGCAGUUGCCAAAUUUGUUGUGAAAGAAACUGUAUCAAGUAAAACUGAAGAUAAAAUAGUUGUUUCCAAAGAAAACAAAGACAAUAAACCAGGACCUCUGAAAAAGUUUAAGAAGUAUGCUGAUGCAGAAAUUAUGCAAAAUAUUGAAGAAACUUAUUUAUUCACUGGGUCCAGAGUAACGAGAAAUGCUGCUGGUAAAGAAUUACAGUCAAAUGAUGGAAAAGAUAAUAAAGAAGUAGUGAAUGAUUCUGAAACUGAGAAUAAAAUUGAAGAUGAACAGAAAACUUCUCUAGAUGAAAAUAUUCAGGUGCAAGAUCAUUCUGAAGUUAGCAAAGCUGAGAACAAAAGUGUAAAUUUGCAAACGGAAGAAGUGGAGAAAGAGACCUCUGAUAAUGAGAAAGUUGCUUCUGUAGAACAGAUUCAUACAGACAAGCCUCUAGAUACAACAGGUACCGACAAUCAGAAGAAAGGAGAACGAAGUCUUUUUGAUAUUCUUGUGUCUGAAGGUGAGACGUCUGAUAAUUCAAAUGAGAAUGACACUGAAAUGGCUGAAAGAUCAAAUAUUUCAAAUGAAAAGAAAGAUGAAAAGAAGUCUCCCUUUAGUUUAUUUGGCAAUUUGAUGAAAAAUUUUAAAGUGCCACCAUCAUUCGGAGCAAGAAGUCCAACUGUUUCUGAAAACGGAGCUGAAAUUACAGAACCAAUUGCGUUAGAUACAGAAAAAGGAAUUGGAAGUCCAGGAAAAGCUGCUGAAGUAAGUAAAGAUAGAACUGAGAGAAAUUUAUUCGAUUUCAUUUGUCUGGAGCCUGAAUCACCGAAAACACCACCAAUAGUUUCACCUCCACAAACACAGUCGCCAAGAAUGCAGACAAGAAGUCUUCUCAAAGCAGGGGGAUCCCCAGCAUCAUCUCCUCAGAAGUCAAGCCCAGUUAAAGUUACACCAGUGAAAAAACCAAUGUUUAAGUUUCCAAAAUUAGCACUGCCAGUAAAUUUUGGUAAUAUUGCAAAGCUUGGUAUGGCAAAAAUUAAAGAAGAAAAGACUAAAGAUGAGAAAGAUACAAUAAAGCCAGAGGAGAUAGAGAUUGAAGGUUCUGUUAAAGAAGGUGAUGCAACAACUGAGGAAGUUAAUGCUAGAGAUGAAAGGAAGAAACUUGUUACUGGAGAAAAUGACAAGGUUGAGAUUGACACUAAAGAAGAAACUAAAACUGAUAUUGUAAUGGAGACUUUUGAGGAAUUGCGUCAAAGGCUUGCCCGAGAAAGAGCUGCUAUUAAGCUUGAAAAAGAAAAAUCGAAAGUCACUACUAAUGAUACUGAAAAGGUUGACGAAAUAGAUGGAACAAGGGAAGAUAGUACAAAUAUUACACCUUCAGAAUCUGCUGAAAUUGACAGUGAAAUGUAUAAAGAUUUCACUCCACAGAAAAUAGUACUUAUUUUAGAUAUUUCAAAAAAGCAUGGAAUAGAGUUUGCUUCUACCUCAUUCGGAUUGCCGGUCUCAGUUAUUGUAAAUUGGAUAUUUGAAAAAGACAGAAAACAGAGGAAGGCAGCCUUAUCUGUUAGCCUUGAAGAAAAAUUAAAAUCUUUAAAGAAGAUGAAAGAUGGAGAAAUCACCAGGGAGGAUGUUAAAGAACAACAUUGUGUAGAUGAUUUAGUGUUGAUAAAAUGGGAAAGUGAAUUUGGUUGGAUGGUCAACAACAAAAGUGUAUGUGAUGUGCUAGAAAAGUGGCAGAAAGUUGAAACAGUAACAAAUAUUAACUUUGAUGAGUGUGUGAAAAACCUUGAAAGAAAAGACUCUGUGGUAGAGAAGGAACAGAAUGAAGAUAAGGCAGAGACUACUGUAAUGUCUGAAAAGAAUGAUUUAGAAAUACCCGAAAUAAGUAUAGCAGAAGCAGACAUUAGUGCAGCAAGUAAUGAAGAGGAAGAUAUUGUUAUAACAAAGGUUGAAAAACAUUCCAGAGAAGAAAUAACUGAGGUUUCAGCUACGGAGAAUGACUUGGAUGAGUCAAAUGCUGAUGGUGAACAAAGAAAUGUUCCUGAAAUGAUUACCUUUGUGAAAACAACAAGGCCAAGAGACUUUACCAUUGAGCAAAAAGCAAUGUUUGUAUUGUUAGUUGAAAAGUAUGGGAAUCAGAUGAUAAACAGAAAGUUUGGUAUUAAUACUGGGACUCUUCAUAAUUGGAGAUACUCCAGUAAACCAAUUAGGCAAUAUCUAUAUGAGCAGGGACACAGUUUUAAAAUACACAGUGAUGGGAGUAACACAGGAGACAAGAAGACUGAAAAGGAAUUACCAGAGCAACAGGUAUAUACAUUCAAUCCAGCUGAUUAUAUGCCUGUGAGGGAAACAAGAAGUACCAGUGAUAAGAAAACUACUGAAUCAUCAAAUGCGACUGUUAAGUCUAGUGAGACCUUAAAAUUAUCUAAAGAAACUGCAGCAAAACCAGUUCUACCUCAGAAAGCUAAACGCAGAGAGAUGGAUCCCAGACUUGAAGAGGACUUAAUAGAUCAUCCCAAAGGAUAUAGAAUCAUUUCACCAACAAAAUUACCACCAAUAUUAAGAGAUGCAAGGAGGGGCCAGACAAAGGAUUACACACUUGAGCAGAGAGUUGCAAUUGUGAAACUAGUGCAACUUUAUGGAGUGAGAACUAUACACAAACAGUUCCGCAUACCAGCUGGCUCUAUUUGGAAUUGGCAACAUGCCAAGAAUGUUAUUGACAUAUUAAAGAAAGAAGAAGAGUCAGAAAAAGAAAGCCAGGCUGCUCAGAGGGAACUUGAUUUUGAUGAAGAAAAUGAAGAAGACGAAGACACACCUAUUACAAUUGACACUAUUCUUGAUAGAGUGUUGAUAGCUUCAGAAACUGUGAACCACCUUAAUUUUAAUUUAGACCAAAAAGCAGAUGUAGUAUGCUUGAUCAAUCAUUUUGGGAUCGACUAUUUUUGUGAAAAGGUUCCUCAGAUACCAAGAGGAACUCUUUGGAAUUGGAGACACAAUAGGCAUGUGAUUGCAUUGGUAGAGAAAAGAAACGAGCUGAUUAAAAAGUUUUCUGAUAUUUUGAAUGGGCAAAAAGGAAAGGGUGUACGAGAAAAUGUUGUUGGUGAAGCUGUUGAUAGAACAGACUUGACGCAAAAGUGGUUGAAGGAUCUGCAGGAUAAUGUUCAUGACAAGAGAAGAUUGUCAAAUCAAAGAGAAGGUUCAGUUGAAAGUAACAAAAGGAAGAGGGAUGAUAAAGAUGAAAUAGAAACCCAUGCAAAAACUAAUUCAAAGAAGAAACCAAAAUUAGGACCAAUGUGUUACAAAAGAUCACUUGCUAAUGAUAGAAAUCACAGAAGAAGUUUAUCGCCAUCAACUGUAAGUUCAGAAAUUUCUGUACAUUCUGAUGACUUUGAAGAGAUUCUAAGUGACGAUGAAUUGAAUACACCAUCUGUUGUUUCAAAAAGAUCAGGAACCAGUACACAGACUGUGCAGAGCAACAAAACCAACAGAAGUCAGCAGAGAACCAGCAAAGGAAUGGCUUCUGGGAAAUUUGAAAGUGGACUGGUUUCACAGUCCAGCAAGCAGGAUAUUGAUAAAUCAGAUGAAAAUGCUGCACCAGUCCAUGAAAUAAUAAAAUUUGAAAGUGGGCAGAAUGAUAGAAUGAUGGUGUGUUACAAAGUUUUGGAAAAUUCAGAGGUUGCUUCAAAGUAUGUGAAGAUAGAUAAUCAGAACCUGACAAUAAAGAGGCCUUCUCCAAAUGAACUGGCUGCAUCUCAGCCUGCAGCAAAGAAGAAGAAUCCUAAAGUAGCUGAAAUCAGUGACCAAUCAGGAAACUGGAUACCAUUGGAUGAGUAUUAUUAUGGAACACAUGAUGGGGAUGCCUCGUACACGGAGGAGAAAGGAGAAUACCGGUUUAAGUGUUGGUACUGUUCGAAGAUGUUAUACAACAAUGUUCGUGCCAUGCAGCAUAUUCAGGGUCAUAUAGACGCAAGCAAACAGCAGAAUAUCGACCUCAGUGAUCUCACGCAGUGUAAACAUUGUUACAAACAGUUUGAUACCCCGUUCGAAAUGCAGACGCAUGUUGAAAAGGUGCAUUUAAGCAACAAGGUGUUGAUGUGUAGGAUAUGCGAGAAAGAUUUUUCCACGCCGCGAGAACUUACAGUACACAUGAAGGGAAACCAUCACGCGUGUGAAAUGCCAUAUGUCUGCCAUUUGUGUAACUUCAAAUCAUCUAUGUAUAGUGACGUUGUCGACCAUUUCAAAAAGAAACAUGAUUCCUCUCACUACAUGUUGUGUCUUUACUGUCUGAGAACGUUUGAGGUGAAGUUUGUGAGUCAGGGCUGGGGUCAGACACAGACAUACUACGGUCAUCUUCUUAAACAUCAGACAAAGAGUGCCACCAAGAAAUGUGUCGUCUGCCGGCUAACGUUCUUCAAUGCCCAAGAUGUGAAAAAUCACCGCAAGAAUUGCCAUGUUGGAAAUUUUAAAGAUGUGAAAGCUCUAACUUCUGGCAGCAAAACUGACAGCGGACAGAAGCAGAAGAAAGGCUCUAGCCUGAAAUCUCUGAACGCACCGUCUGUGUCGAGGAUCCAGGACUAUGGUGAGAUCAUAUUCCCAGCCGAGGCCUCCAAUACGAAAUGUGUAGAGUGCAAGAUGCUGAUGUCCUCAACUGACCACUAUAAAAAAUAUGUGCAUUGCUCAAUGUGCCGAUUCGCCACCAGCUGUAGCGUGGCUUAUGCUAACCACAUGAUGGGAUUCCACUCUGGUCAGAUGUCAAGUCUGAAUCUAAACAUUCCCUGGGAGAGGCCAAUGAAAGAGAUUAUGUACUGUGCUUGUGGCUUUAACUCAAAAUAUGGCAAUAAAAUUGCCAACCAUCUUGUUUACUGUGCAAAGAGGACAUGCUACACCACAAAGCGAACUCAAUCAGACACCACUACAGGAAGCACUGGUGAUGAGAAGAAGGAAGGCUCAAUUCUUGGAAUGCUGGGAUUAGUGCAAAAAAGUGUUGUGGCCACAACCGAGGAAACUGAUGAAAUCAGAUCUAAACCAAAGCUAGAUACCAAAUCUGGACUUGAAGAGCCAAACAAAAUUAGAGAAAGUAAAGUAAAAGCUAAUAUAAGUGAGCUUAAAUCAGAAGAUAAAACAGAUACUGUAGAUACCAAAGAAAAAUCAGAGGAAAAAGAAUCGAGAAAAAUUACAGAUGUUGAAGACAAACCAAUCACAGUUAGUGAAACAACAAAACCUUCUGACAAAGAAGAUGAAAAACCUAUAGACAUCAGCAGUAGUAGUGAAGAAAGCUUUAUGGACAAAUCUAAUCUUGUUGAUGAAUCUGACAAAGUUAUUGAAAUUAGUGAAAAAGAAAAACCAGAAGAACAGGCAGAUAUUACAGAAGCAGGUAAAGAAGAGGAAGUAUCUGAGAAUCUCAAAAGUAAACACGAAAAAGAAGUCAUAGAUGCAGACAUUGGAUGUGAACAGAUUAAAUCAUCUGAAGAUGCACAGCUAGAAACAGAUACCCAAUCUGUACAAGACAAAAGAAGUUCUGCAACAGAAAAAGAAAAAGAAGUAAUAAAAGAUAUUGAAGAAGUAAUGGACACAGAAAGAGUAAAUGAACCAGAUGAGAAUUCUGAAGAUGCUCAGCCACCAAAAAUGGGUGCUGGAAUGAUUCCAUCUGAAGAUGAACUUGCAAGCAAAGAUGACAGUACUUUAGCAAAAGAUGAAGAGAAUGAUAUGGACACAAAGGAAACAGAAACACAGGAAUCUUUGAAAGCUAAAAAUGACUCUGUAGCUAUGGAAGAAUCGGAAUCAUUAAAUGAAAAUGUGGAUGACAGUGAAAUGGAUACACUUCUUGAAGCUGUUGAAUCUCCUAAGCCAAUUUUAGAGACAAAAGAUGAAAGCGAUCAGAAGGAGACAAGUGAUUUUAAGCAAUCUGAACUUGGAAAUAGUGGUAUGGACAGUGUGUCAGAGGAGACGGGUAAUGUUGACUCCUUGGAGAAUGAGAAAGAGGAGUUGGAACUAACAACUGAAAGGACCGAAGAAUUAACUGAACCACCUAUAAAGACGGAUGAAAAGGGUGGAGAAGAUGAAGCAGUAGAGGAGAAAGACACAGAAGAAUCUAAAGAGGAACAGGAUUUAACUGAUUCAUCUGAGGAGAAAGAGAAACCUAAAGAAGAAGAAAAACCACCAGAAGACACUGAACCUAAAGAGCAAGAGAAACCAAAAGAAAUUGAGAGUACCUCACAAAAGGAGUCUUGCGACCAUGGUGACAGCAGGACAUCUUCAGGUGACCACAAGGACCCAAGUGACCGUCGCUCCCAGGAGAGACCAGAUGAUCGCCGGGACUCUAGUGACCGCCACUCACAGGAGAGACCAGGUGACCGCAGGGACUCUAGUGACCACCACUCCAAGGAAAGGUAUGAUUCAAGAGACAGGCCUCACUCUGGAAGUAGUGAUAGAUCUAGACAUGAUGACAAAUCACGUCAGGAGGACAGGCAUCGCCAAGAAAACCGAUCAUAUGGAUCUAGCAGAUCUGAUAGUUACCAUGGUAACCGGUCAUCGUAUGAUUUGAACCGAGAUAGAGACCGUUCCUACGAUAGAGACAGGGAUAGGGAUCGUUCCUACGAUAGAGACAGAGAUAGAGAUUAUAACAGAAACAGAGAUUACAGGCAUGGAGACAGCAGGAGUGGACAUGGUUACCAGGACAACAGAGGUCAAGGUUACAGAGGACAAGGUCAGUAUGGAGGUUACCAAGGAAACAGGGGAGGUCAUCAUCAGGACAGGAAUUUUAACAGGAACUACCAAAAUAGAGGGGGUUACAACCAGAAUUACAGGGGUGGAUACAGAGGAGGCUUUAUUAGAAGAUCAAGGAGCUUGGUAGAGUGCAAAAAUGGACAAAUUUUCAGAAAUUUGGGAUGGAGAGUAAUUUUGCUUGCAAGUUUUGAAGACAGGUGGAAGCAUUUACAGGUUAGCUUAAUGUAGAUUGGCACUUUGUGUUCAAAAUGUACAGAAACUUGGAAGAAAUAUUACAUA